AGUGUUCUGUGCUACCCACAGACCAAGAUACCGUUUGUUGUGGUUUUAUCCCGUUCGUCGGUGUUAUCCCUGAUUUUAUCAGAUAAACGCAAGAAAAAUGUUGUAUUAGAUAGUUAAAGAUACACUAAAAUACAAGUUAUGAUUAUGAAUUAAUAUUUUGAUGUAGAACAACUUACUUAAAUGUUAGUUAUUAAUGGAGCCUUCGGUCGAAAACGAUACGACUCUAACCAUGGAAAAUAGACACAGAAAAGAGAAAAAGGAGCUUCAAGCACAAAUUCAAGCUUUAAAAAAAACUGCAAAGAAUGAUAAAUCGAAGAAGAAAGAAAUUUUAUCAGAAAUUGCUAAAUUAGAAAUUGAAAUGGAUAGCCGUCAUAAAGAAGAACUUAAGUCGUUGCAGCUGGAAACGAACCAAACCGAGAAACAUACAUCUGAAAACCAAAAUUCUGUAGAACAAGAAGUAGCAAAAAUGAAAAUAUCAAAAGCACAAAAAAGAAGGGAUAAGAAAAGUCUCUUAGAAAAAGAAAGGGAAGAAUCAAUAAAAUUACAAGAAAAGGAAAAUCUCCAUGGACCUAGAAAUCAAGAAAUUCAAGAAAUAUCAGCUAAGUUGAAAUUAAAGAAACUAAAAAUAUUUUCUAUUCCUUCUGAUGGUGACUGUCUUUUUAAUGCAGUGGCACAUCAGUUAUUAACCAUUAGAAAGGAGGUGUAUACAGCUGAACAGCUAAGGAAAGUCUGUGCAUCUUACAUGAGGGAAAAUAUUGAUGAUUUUUUACCUUUUAUGACAAAUCCAGAUACUUAUGAGAUGCUCACUGUGGAAGAAUUUAACAACUAUUGUGAUAAAAUUGUAAAUACAAAUAUGUGGGGAGGUCAGCUGGAAAUUAGAGCUUUAUCUAGUACUAUAAAGUGCCCUAUAACUGUUAUACAGGCAACUGGACCUGAUUGUAUAGAACAGGGAGGUGAAUUUUCAGGACCACCUUUGGUAAUUACAUAUCACCGCCAUAUGUACCGUUUGGGUGAACAUUAUAAUUCAACUUGCUUGUAUGAUGAGGAGGAAGUUGAAUAAAAACAUUU